AUGAAAGCUCCGGAUGGGCUACCGCCACCUUUAUUUGCUCAACCGCUUUUGCAUUGGCUCGCCAAUGUCAUUUCGGCGAGGGCAUCUUCGGAGCUCACCACUGUUGAGCAAGCGCUUUCUCUUAAACCUCCCAAAAAGGGAAAUUUCCGCAUCAUAGAGUGGGAUCGUCACAUGAUAGACAGACCCGUUUUCCCCGAGUGGACUCGGAACGGUCCAACCGACAAAACACGAAGUCCAGAUUCGUGGAGUGAUGAAGUGUCAAAAUGGGCAAAGCGAGCGGGCCUCACAAACGGCACGGGCCUUCAUGCUCCUCGUCGUGAGGCCCUCAUAAAAUGCAACGGUACGGCCCUGGACCUGUCGUACAACCAAGAUCUAACCGUCUACGUAAUGCCGUACAGACAGAGGCUAUUCUCUUGGCCAGGUUCUUCGCUUUGCUUCUCAGCACAACACGCACGUGCUUGUCAACCAUUAUCUCGGCAAUAUGUCAACCAUCGACGGAGCAGGUACGUAUCUCAACAUGCGGCCGCGGACAGACCUGGUAGAAGACUUCCGAUCUGCAACCAUGCGGUGGAACCCAGGUCUCCACUUGACACUAUCCGCCAAGGACAAAGAAGAGCUGGAAGGCAGUCUGGAGUACAAAGCAGUGACUAG